CGUGCGUAGCCUUGAGCCGGCAACAAGCACGCAACACCGGAGGAAUACUGCGUAGAAAGGAGCCUUUUCCUAAAAUUAAUAAUUUCACGCCAUAAUAAUGGCUCCACGUCGUAAGCGUGUCGCCACAGCCAAGUCUGCCGAGACAACGGCCAAAAAGGCGAAGCCAGAAGAGAAUGCACUCAAAAGUCCAGUGGAAGCAAACGAAAGUUCCAAUGAUGGAGCUUACGUAUUCAUCGAACACUGCAAAUCAUGAUCCGUGUUCAAGCGCAAGGCUGCCGAGGUCCACUCGGAACUGUGCGAGCUUGCGCCGGAACACAAUCUGCAGCUUGUGUUGAACGAGAGCGGAAAACCGCGCCGGGGAGCUUUCGAGAUUUCCAUCGCAAAGUCGACGGACGGUGAGAAAGUUCUGGUUUGGUCCGGAAUGUCGAAAGGACCACCGAGGAAGGAAAAAUUCCCGGAAGCAAAGAGCAUCCUUGAUGAUGUUCUCAAGGCGUUGAAGUAAGGGCACUAGGAUCGAUUGACUGGUAAUGCGAUAGUGGGCGCAUUUUUCAUUCUACGAAAUGGUACGCCGUAUGACGAAGCAAGAGCAAACCCUACGUGGGACUCGUGUUUCUGAAGCUUUGCGAACAUUUUUCGACAGAAUGGUGUGGCUGACUGACGUGUUACCAAGCUGGACCAUCCGAUUAAAAGUACAAAGUUACGAAAUAAACUCAGGAUCACUGUUGUUACA